GGUCAUGAAUUGACUGCAGAACCCAAGCAAUAGAGGCAGAGUGGUGUCUACUGAGUUGAGAAAGUAUGUGAGAGGAUUGUAAAAGCUAUUUGCUUCAGAACAGGAUCCAUCAUGCCCCGUCGAUGUCCUGAAGAGGAAACUGAGAAUGAAAUUGCUUUGGAAAGCUAAAAUGAGCUCAAUUCAGGACGGGGGUGAAGAGGUAGAGGAAGGAGCUGUUUACCAUGUCACCCUCAAAAGAGUGCAGAUUCAACAGGCUGCCAAUAAAGGAGCAAGAUGGCUAGGGGUUGAAGGGGACCAAUUGCCUCCAGGACAUACCGUCAGCCAGUACGAAACAUGUAAGAUCAGAACAAUAAAAGCUGGCACUCUGGAGAAACUUGUGGAGAACCUGCUGACGGCUUUUGGGGACAAUGACUUUACCUACAUCAGCAUCUUUCUGUCAACAUAUAGGGGCUUUGCCUCUACUAAAGAAGUACUGGAACGUCUCCUCGACAGGUAUGGAAACCUGGAGACCUCAAACUGUGAAGAAGAUGGGAGCCAGAAUUCCUCAGAGUCUAAAACAGUGCUCAGGAAUGCAAUAGCCUCAAUCUUGAGAGCCUGGCUUGACCAAUGCUCUGAAGACUUCCGAGAGCCACCCAAUUACCCUUGUUUGCAGAAAUUGGUGGAUUACCUUAAACGGAUCAUGCCAGGCUCUGACCCGGAGAGAAGGGCACAAAACCUCUUGGAGCAGCUUCAGAAGCAAGAAGUGAAAAAUGAGAAUGGGUUCCAUAACACCUUCACUUUCAGCCUUGAUGAGGAAGAGGAAAUGGAGACUGGUGGGCCAGAAGAGUUCUCUUUUUUCCCAGAAGACCUUGUAGCAGAGCAAUUAACAUACAUGGAUGCAAAGCUCUUUAAGAAAGUGGUGCCCCACCAUUGCUUGGGGUGCAUCUGGUCUCGGCGGGAUAAGAAAGAAAACAAACACUUGGCACCCACCAUCAGAGCCACCAUCUCUCAGUUCAACACAGUUACCAAAUGUGUCGUCAGCACCAUCCUGAAGGGCAAGGACCUCAAAACACAGCAGAGAGCCAAGAUCAUUGAGAAAUGGAUUCAUAUUGCACAUGAAUGUAGAAUCCUGAAGAAUUUUUCCUCCUUGAGGGCCAUUGUUUCAGCACUACAGUCCAACUCCAUCUACCGGUUAAAGAAGACCUGGGCAUCUGUUCCAAAGGACAGGAUGCUGAUGUUUGAAGAGCUGUCCGAUAUCUUCUCAGACCAUGACAAUUAUCUGACGAGUAGAGAGCUGCUAAUGAAGGAAGGAACAUCCAAGUUUGCAAAUCUGGACAGUAGUGUGAAAGAGAACCAGAAAAGGACCCAGAGGCGGCUUCAGCUCCAGAAAGAUAUGGGAGUCAUGCAGGGUACGGUCCCCUACCUUGGCACCUUUCUUACAGACCUGACCAUGCUUGACACAGCGCUGCAGGACUACAUAGAGGGUGGGCUGAUAAACUUUGAGAAGAGGAGACGGGAGUUUGAAGUAAUUGCCCAAAUUAAGCUCUUGCAAUCUUCCUGUAAUAGCUAUUGCAUGACGCCAGACCAAAAAUUCAUCCGAUGGUUCAGGAGACAGCGGCUGUUAACAGAGGAGGAGAGUUAUGGCCUCUCAUGUGAGAUAGAAGCAGCUGCUGACACUAACACCACGUCACCGAAACCUCGGAAGAGUAUGGUGAAAAGACUCAGCUUACUGUUUCUGGGAGCAGAUGUGAUCACCAAUAGCACACCCACCAAAGAGCAGCCCAAAUCUACUCCAAGUGGGAGCUCUGGUGAAAGCAUGGAUUCUGUCAGUGUAUCAUCGUGUGAGUCGAACCACUCUGAGGGCGAAGAAGUCUGCAUCACCCCCAUAGACACUCCUGAUGAGCCUCAGAAAAAGCUCUCUGAAUCCUCCUCCUCUUGUUCCUCCAUCCAUUCCAUGGACACGUCUUCCUCAGGGGUGUCAUCUUUAACCAACACUAUCUCACCCCCUCCUUCCUUAACCUCCAAUCCCAAGAUCCACAAGCGCUCCAUCUCCGUCACAUCCAUUACCUCAGCAGUAUUGCCUCCUGUUUACAACCAGCAGAACGAAGACAUGUGCAUCAUCCGGAUCAGCAUAGAAGACAACAAUGGCAAUAUGUACAAGAGUAUCAUGUUGACUAGCCAAGACAAGACUCCGGCUGUCAUUCAGAGAGCUAUGUCAAAACACAACCUGGAGGCUGACCCAGUCGAGGAUUAUGAACUUGUUCAGGUCAUCGCUGAGGACAAAGAGUUAGUCAUCCCCGACAGUGCUAAUGUAUUUUAUGCCAUGAACAGCCAGGUGAACUUUGACUUCAUCCUACGGAAAAAAAACUCCCUUGAUGGGCAAGUGAAGAUGCGGAGCCGAUCUAGUUUGACACUUCCCAGAACUGCCAAAAGGGGGUGCUGGACUAAUAGACACAGCAAAAUCACACUUUGAAGAGAAUGAGCUAACACAAAGGAGAUUUGGUUUAGAAAAACGAAAAGACCUUUGAUACCAUCCAGUAUUACAAAGUCACGGAAGAUGAAGGUGUCAGUGUUUGACUUUGGAAAGAUUUGAGACUGGAAUGCAAAGUGUGCAUUCACUAUAGAUACAGAUAGAGAUGAACAUCGAGAGAGACAGAGAGAUUUAUGGGACAGUCACUAUGGAAAUAUAUUUUGCACAUUGGCCUAGGAAGGUGAGGUCACAUAUACAGGGAAAAAUGGAAUUGCCAACCAAUCUUAUCUUAAGAAUUCCACAUAAGCUAAAUCUCCUCCUUGGAAAACAGAUUCUCCUUUGUGCCAGUAUUACCUAGAACAAGAACUUUAAAUUUAUUUUUAUACAUUGGAGAAGAAAACUGUUGCAAUUAAAUUCCACCUGAAUCAAGC